AUGGAAGAAAGAAUGAAGCAGGAGGAGUGCCCGUGCAUAAUGAAGGAAGAAUCGCAGAGGGUGAAAGGCAUUGCAUUUCAUCCCAGCAAGAAAAUACUAAUUGCUGGGCUACACAGUGGAGUAAUUCAAGGGUGGAACUAUCUAUACAAAACCAAGAUAUUUGAGCUGAAUGAGCAUGAGGGGCCAGUGCGGGUGGUUGUCUUUCACCACUUAGUGGAAAGAUUUGCAUCUGCAGGAGAUGACUGUCUUAUUCGCAUAUGGGACUAUAAAAGCAAGACUGUGGAGACGGUUUUUAAGGGGCAUACUGACUAUGUUCGAUCAAUUGAAUUUCACAAGCAUCUUCCUUGGCUUAUUAGCACCUCAGAUGACCAGACCAUUAGAAUAUGGAACUUUCAGUCAAAAAAGCAAAUUGCGUGCUUAACAGGGCAUACACACUAUGUAAUGUGUGCUAGGUUCAUUAAUGACAAGCUAUUUGCCAGUGUGUCUCUUGACCAGACCAUUCGUGUGUGGGACUACUCUGCACUGGUAACAAAGAGCCAAACGAGUGUGAUGGAUAUGCUUGGUGUGCCCGAAGUUGUGCUUAAGCAUAUAGUGGAUGGGCACGACAGAGGGAUUAACUGGAUAUCCGUACAGCCAGACGGAGAGACAUUUGCGACUGGAGGAGAUGACAGCACAAUCCGAAUAUGGAGCGUAGGCCAGGAUGGAAUUCAGGAAAAGGACACAUUACAAGGCCAUCACAGCCAUAUAAGCGCUCUUUACUAUACCAAGUCAAAUACUUUAUUAAGUAACAGCGAGGAUGGAACACUUAAGAUAUGGGACCUGAAAAACAGAAAGCCAAUAAAAACGCUUACUAUAGAGGGCAGCCGGUAUUGGUGCCUGGCAAUGGACCAGGAGGAAAAUAUAUUUGCUGCUGGGCAUGACACAGGCUUUUCUAUUUACUCGAUUGGCAUUCUAUACCCAGUGUAUGCGGUAUAUGAUGGCAUUCUGUAUAUAUGUAAAGACACGGAAUUAAACAAGAUUGAAGAGGGUAAAAUAUCUAAGCUAAUGAGUAUACAGAAAGAUGUGCAUGAGAUAUUUGUGAAGGAGGACACAACAAUAAUUAAUUCCCCAGGCAAGUACACUGUAUGCAAUGGCAGUAAAGCCCGAUAUAAAGGACUAGGGUUUGCUACUUUUAUAGAUGACAGAGUAGCCGUGUGCACAGAUACAGAAAUAUCUAUCAAGGAGCUUGAUGGGCGGGAUGUUGUAUCGUACAGUAUUGAGGCCGAUAAAGUAUUUGAAAUAUCUGGGGGAGUACUGGCACAGAAAGGAAACUCUCUUUUUAGAAUUGAGAAUGGGUCUGUACUUGUUAGCGCUCUGCUUCCUGAUCGCUGCUUAUACGUUCGAUUUGAUCAGACACACAUUGUAGCAGUUUGCAAAAAUAGCAUAGUUGUGCUAGACUAUAAUUUAGUACAGAUUUCUGUAAUUGAUGAGAUAGUUUCUAUUAACAGUCUUAUAGUUAAGGAUGGCACAAUAUUCUAUACCACGCCACUGCACAUUAAGUUUGCCUUUAUGAAUGGCGAGGGUUCCUCCUUCAUGUCUAUUGAUGAGGCUCUCUGGAUUGUUAGUGUGGAGGAUACUUUGUUUACACUUGUGGCAGCCGAUGGAUCGGUUAUUGAAAUCGAGGUAGAUAUGAUUGAGUGGAAGUUUAGAAAGGCGCUGGAAGACAUGGACAUGACGAGCAUUAGAGAGUGCAUUGAUACUGGAUCAUUGAUUGGCCAGGCUUCUUUGUCUUGCCUAAUACGCAAGGGCUUUUACGAGGAGGGGCUUAACUAUGUCGAGGACACUGGAGUAAGGCUUGAAUUGUCAAUUAAAACAAAGAAGUUUGAUGAUGCCUUAAAGUAUGCAAAAGAACUGCACUCACCAGAAGUAUACAUUAAAACAGGAAGGGCUGCAAUUAAUUACGAUAUACAGGUGGCUGAAGAGUGCUUCAAACUAGCGAAGGAAUUUUCAUUGCUAUUGCUUCUUUACAUUUCAAGUGGGAAGCUGGAUAAAAUCGAGUCUCUCUUAUUUGAGUGCACGGAUGAAAUGUACUGUGCAAUUGCUGCAAUUAUUACAGGAAACAAAGAAACCCUCUGUAAGCUAAUAUCUCUGCAGAGCAGUGUAGAUAGCAUAGAUGUCUUAGACACAGAGGCAGAAUUCUCCACCAAAUCAGAUACAGCAGUGCCAGAGGUUCCAAAUGAGGGUAGUUCUAAUGAGUGUAUUUUUAUGUCAGAGUCACAGGAUACUACUACAGAUGUAGACAGCGAGGACAUUCAAAGUAUAAAAGAAUUGAAAGAAGUGCCAAAAAUAAGCGCGCCUUCUGCAGAAACAGGCAAUGCUAAGGAUUCCAGUAAAGUUUUUCCUUCUUUAAAUAUGGAAAGGCUUCAGCGGUGCAUAAAAACCAUUCCUGCUGAGAUUGACAUUGAGCGAGAAAUAAAAGUAGCUAAGGAAUGUGCAGCGAAUGGAAAAGUGUCCACCGGUAUAAGCAGUUUUCUUAUAGCAAUGCACUCUCUGGUGAAUUCCAUGAAUGAAAAGGGCAGAAAGAGCGAUGAAGAAAUGAGAAGUCUUAAAUCGGCUGCAGAGUACCUACAGGGGCUAUUUUCUGAAAAGAUUAGAAAGGCCGCACAGUCAGACAAGACAAGCAUUUCUUGUGCUAUAUUCUAUGCAUCGCUUGAUUUAGAAAGAAUGCACAAGGAAAAGGCACUUAAAGCAGCAAUACUCACCUGCUAUAAAAAGGGAAACAAGCACUAUGCAAUGGAGUUGUCGCGAGAAAUUGUGAAUAACUAUGGGUGCACAGAUGAAAGAAUUAAAAUCCUUGCUGAUUCGCAUAAGCCUAUGAAGGAUGCAUAUGUAAUAGACACAAGUCUUCCAUUCUGUAUAGAUAUUGGAGAGUACGCAGAAGACGCAAAUCAAUGCCAGAUAUGCAGUGCCUGGUCAUCUAGUAGAUGCAAGACAUGUGCUUGCUGCUUUAUAUCUAAUCUAUAAUAAAAUG